AUGCCAUUAACAACGACCACACAGCCAUUGGCAGUAGCACUCGACCAGUUCAAUCAAGGCAUUCAAUCUGUAGAUGACUACCAAAAAUACCUCUCUCUGCUAAAGCACACAGAAGGUUUCAACCCCAAUGUGUUUGAUCCCUUGUACAAGACAGUAGACAACGCUGUACUGAAAAGCAUUGGGGAAUCACAAGAAUUUGGCAAGGUUAUGAAACAGAUAGUCGACAUUGCAUGCAGCUCUUGGAAUGAGGACUUGAUCAAGGCUAUCUUAAAGACUAUGGAUUAUUUACCGCUAGAUUUGGAUGUUUUGAUUAAAAACUCUUUGGGAUUUGGUGUGAAAGAUAUCAAGAAGAGUGGAAUUGAAAAGAACUCUACUGAUAUUGUUGACAUGACUAAUGCAUUGAUUGAAAAGUGGAAGGUGCUCCAGAAGAAAGGAUCGUUGAAUGCCAAUGGCAAGCGCAACAGCCCUGAUAGAGCCUCCUCCACAUCUCCGCCUUCGUCAACUGAGUCACCUGCCAGAAAGCAGAUUAAACUUGCAAUUCAAAAAGAACCACCCACAAGACCCAAAGCUAUGGCAGAUCCCAACUUUUUGUCGUCAUUGAGAGAAUCUAAGAAAUAUCCAAUCACUCGUCCUAUUUAUAAUGUCGACAAAAUCCUCGAAGGGUUUGGAAGUAAGCCUGGAAAACCAACCACUGAGAAUAGCCUAAAGAGACCAGAGUCUAGUAGCACUUCUGCUGAUGCCGAUUCGUCAAAGAGAAAGAGAGUGCGUUUUAAGGAUAAUCUUGUCGAAAUCAGAGAAUAUGAAAAGAAUCCGGAAGAAUGGACCAACUUUGACACAACUGGAGCUAAUGUGGAGCAUCAAUACGGAAAUGCUCGCGAUUUGGACGUAAAAGAGGGCCAAAUUGCAUUUAUGCAUGUUCCUCAGAUUGCUUGGUAUACCCCACUUGAGCUUCAGCUUGAUGAGAGUCCCAGCUCAACCUUGAUUGUUCGUACUCAAAUCCAAACUGACGAAGUUUUGGCUCAAGAUGGUCGAGAGAAGCUUGCGUUAGCAGCCAUUUACACUAGCCCACAACAUAUUCCACCCUCUCCGGCAGAGCCAGAUGAGACUCCAAACCCCAAUGCUGAUGGCUCUGUCCCCAUUAUUCCUUUAGAUGAUACAGACUCGUUACCUAUGAAUACAAUUCCCACUUCAUCUUCUCCUGUCUCAACCCUUUCACCACCUCGCACUUCCGUAAUGACGCCUUCUACACUCCAACCCAACUUGAUUACACCUGCCAAUUUAAGUGCUGCUGCUGCUGCUAUUGCUGCAAUGAAAGAUACAUCCUCUUUCAUGAUACCUCAACAAUCUCAAGUGCAAGCUCAACAACCCCAAUAUACAAGCUCUGUUGUAGCUGCUUCUCCACCUGUUGCACCACAAGCUCACUAUUAUAAUCAACCAUAUAAUGCUGCUCUCCAGAAUACUGCUCAGCCUACUGCCAUAGGAUCGCUUGGACAACCAAAGAUAAACAACCAGAAUGUGAAUGAAAUGCUCGAGAAGAAUCCAAGCAUCUUGCAAACCCUGAAGGAGCUUUCAUUCCUUGCAACAGGAAACAUGGCCAGCAAUGCUAAUAAUGCUGUGCCACAGCAACAGAUCCCAGCUCCACCUCAAUCCGCUUAUCAACCUGCACAGCCAUACCAUCCCUAUCAACGUCCACCUCCUUCUAAUACACAGCAAUUUCAACAGAAUGACUGGAAUCGCAGCAAUAAUAACGGUACACAGAACCGUCAACAGCAACAACAACAACAACAACAACAGCUGCAACGAAAAAAGGCUAAAGCUCGUAACCAAAGGGGAAGAGGGAAUCGCGGUGGUUCCCAUGGACAGGGCCGAAAUAAUGCUCGUGUCUGUUCCUUUUAUAACUCGCCAGAUGGCUGUCGUAAUGGUGAUUCCUGUGGUUUCCUCCAUGAGCAUCCCAACUAG